AUUCUAUUGUUUUACUCAAACUUCCUUCAAAUUUUAUUGUACAACUACAAAUUACCCAAAAAACCCGUUUACAGUUACUUACAAUGCAAAGAUUUUCGCACUUUAUUCAAGAAAAGUAUAAAAUGGCAACGGACAAACACUUUUCGAAUCCAUUCCCUGAUUACACCCCGGAAUUGGGGGCGAGUUUCAUUGACGGGCACAGGCCAAAACCGUCUUGUAAAGUCACAACUUGCAUCCCAAAUCGUUUGACGGCCACUUUUAAACAGUUAGAGAAGGUGGAAAGGGGUGACAACACGAUUUAUACUGGCUCAGGUGGUGUGGCUUACUUAAAAUACAAGCAUGAUCCAAACGACCCAAACAAUUUAAACGAAGUCUUGUCAUUGCUAAACUUAAAAAGCUUGAGGGGCCGAAGGCAAACCUUUCUGUGUGGAGAUGCCGGUCCAUUAGUUUUAGGAAUUCUGGCGAAUGCUAAGCUGGGAAACAGAGAGGAGGCUGACAAACUUUAUAAAAAAUUGGAGGCAAUGAAAGACGAUGUGCUUGAGGUGGACUCGGAUUUGGCCAAUGAAUAUAUGUAUGGAAGGGCCGGUUAUUUAUACGCCUUAUUAUUUUUAAAUAAGAACUUACAACCACCUUUAGUUAGUGGGGAGUUAAUCAGAUCUGUAAUUGAGGCAAUUUUGAUUUGUGGACAAACCGAAGCAAGAAAGCAACGUUCAAAGUGUCCCUUGAUGUACCAGUGGCAUGACUCUUAUUACCUGGGGGCAGCCCAUGGCUUAUCUGGAAUUUUGUACCUACUUUUGAACUGCACUGAAUAUUUAUUGGAAAGUGAAAUUAACACACUCAUUAAACCCACAAUAGACCACUUGGCAACCUUAAAGUUUAAAAGUGGCAACUUCCCAUCAUCACUAGGAAGGGAGCAAGAUAAGUAUGUGCAGUGGUGUCACGGAGCCCCAGGAUUCUUGUAUAUGUUCUCCAAGGCUUACACAGUUUUCCGGGAUGAAAAGUACUUAAAUCUAGCCCUGACUUGCGGAGACGUUAUCUGGAACAGGGGUUUGUUGCGUAAGGGCUACAGCAUUUGCCACGGUGUUGCCGGGAACGGGUACUGCUUCCUAGAACUGUACCAACUAACGAGGGAUGAGAAGCACCUGUACAGAGCUAUCAGAUUCGGGGAGUGGUGCGUGGAUUAUACAAAGAGGCAUGAGGAAAAGUUUCCAGAUAGGCCUUUGUCUUUGUAUGAAGGAAUUGCUGGUCCAUUAUAUUUCCUAUUGGACCUCCAGCACCCCAUGAGUGCUAAAUUUCCAGGAUUUUCAUUGUAAUUAAAUAUUUUACUUGAAUAAAUGCGUUUUUGAUUG